AUGCCACAGUUAAGGUCAAGGAAAGUGGUAACUGCCAGUGAGGUGAAGUCGGCCGACAGUAUGGUCACCAGCCCGAGUUCUCUGGGCGUGGGAGUAGGAUGUCAGCUAGGGAAGAAGCCGGUAGUCAAGCAGAGUCCUCACCUGGCACCAGAGAGAAAACCUGAGCAGCCCUUAUCUUCUUGUUUCCGACCUGUCAUGCUGUCUAGUAUUUCCUCUGAGCAGUUUGCUCCUUGUGUGUCUAGUCGGAAGGAGCAAAGUGGAAGUAGCCAGAGAUUCUCAGGUAAAAAAACCAAGGGGAUGCAGUGUAGGAGGGCUGCCAGAAGCAAGAAGAGUGUAGCUCUGCCGAUUUCAGACACUGCUGUAUGUGAAGAUGGGCAGGCAGCAACCAUGGCUGCAGCAGCAUGCUGGGAAGAGACUGUAAGGAGAGGGACAGGACAAGGUCAACAGCAGUUUUUCUCAGGAACUUCUUUGCAAAAUAAAUUCUCAGACAGGAUUGAAAGGAAAGAACAUGGCGCAGAAGGACUGAACCUCUCAGGUUUCCAGGAGAGUUCAGGGAGCUCAGGAAAAAAAGGCAAAUAUUCCUUUAUGGAAAUAGAACUAAAAAUCCCAUCCUCAGAGGAGGAAAUUGAGAGCACAGAGGGAUAUGGUAUUUCCUGUUUGCCAGAUCCAGAGGUGCUACAACCCAAAAAAGGCACUUGUAGUACUGAAAUGAAAAGCACUGACUCCGCAGUGAUACUGAAGAUGCAAAUCCCAGCUAUUAAGAAGAAUUUGGGGACUUGGGAAUCCUUGGCUGAACCAAAACCUCGGGAAGAGGUUUUAUUAGAGAGGUUGGAUGGGUGUUCCUUAGAUGGAUCAAGAAAGCCAGGGAAACAGAAGAAAAGAAAUAGAUGCUUGAGCAAGAAAGGCAGGACAUCUUUGAUGAAACCGAAACUACAAGGUCCUAGAGAGAGGGGUGGAUCUGCCUUGUCAGAACAGCCUACACAGUGUCCGGAGUCUAAGAAAGGAGCUGUGAGUCUGAGGAAAAGGGGCAGAAACUCACUGGUGUCACAGCAGCUACAGGGUCUAAGUGGCCAAGAAAAGCCAACAACCAAAGGAGACAUGCACAAGUGUUGCACGAAAGAAGAGCAGCAGAGCUCAACCCCUUGGGAAGGAGCAGACAGCCCCGGGGAAAGCGCAAAGGAAAAAUGGAAAGCGAUUGAGCAAGACUCCAGUACACAGGCUGUGAAGAAGCUUAAGAGAAAUCGGAACAGAUCAGAAGAUUCCAAGGAAAAGGAACCUCACUACUCUAAGUCUCCUAUGGCUGCUAUUCCAGGUGGGAUCCAAAGCAAUAGCUUUCUAUGCCAUCCUGUAAGAAAAAAGCCUGGUGUGCAGUAUAAAAAAAGGAAACACAGAAUUGAUCAGAUCAAAUGCCUGCAAAGUUUUAAUGCAACUACAGCUGAAAAAGUGAGAAAUGUAUCUGCAAAAUGUGAUGCUGGACGUUGCAAAAACACCCUAAAGCAUUGUAAUGACUUGCGCUGUGCAACAGAAAAGAAUCCGUUUGUGAGAUUAGAGUCCUGUAGUUACAUCAAUACAUUUGUAAGGUCUUCAGCUGGUGGAGCUACCAGCAGUUAUAAAGUAAGUAGAUUCUUCCAUGUAGCCCAGGAUAAAAGAAAACAUGUUUUUCCUGAUGGUACUAUAGAACAGAGUGAGAGGAAUGGCAGCACUAGUAGAAUGCAAAUUGAGAGAUCACCCAUAAAAGGUGGUUUAUUGUUCAGUAAAGAAGCAAAAACUCAAAACAGAGAAGGGUGUUUUUCAUGCUGUCAGAGUGAAAACAAUAAGUGUUUAGGGGGAAAGAAGGGGAGUAUUGGUAGAAAGCCUAGAAAAAAGAUGAAAAUCACAGAGAAAUCAGCAGUGCAGAAUAUUUGCACAGACGUGGCUAAUGAAUGCAGUGAGUGUAAGUUACAAACAGAAGCGGCAGUUGCCAUGUCAAGCUCCUUUGCAGUCUUAGGACUAAAUCAUAAAGAAAUUACUCUGUCAACUUCAUGUGAUCAUACAUCAAAUCUUCAUAUAGGAAAAAAUACUCAUGAAGCACAAAAUACAUCAGUCGGGAGAAAGAGUAGUACGAAAUUACUUGCAUUUGAAGAUGGCUUUAAGAAGACGUCUGGGCUCUCUGUAAUAGCAAAAGGAGAAGAUUCAAACACUGUGGUACAUCAUUCUGCUCCCUCAGGUUGCCUGAGUGUGCUAGCUGAUGUCCAUGAUGUUUCUAAUUGUCAGAAAAGUAAGAGAGAUGAAAAAUUGAACAAAAUUAAUAAGAAAUUGCAGCAGUUUACCUGUCAAAGAACAGUACCUAUGACUGGUAAAAAUGUUUGGCCUUUUGAAUCUUGUGCCAGGACUUCUGGAUGGGUUCUUAAAAACCAUGGAUCUGUCUCAGAAGGAAAAAGACUUUCAAGGGCUGCCUUCAAGGAAUCCUGUGAUAAAAGCAGUGUUAAAGCUGAAGGAAACAGUGCUGUGACUGGGAAUUUGAGACUAUGUGAUUUGCAUAUGUCAUCAGCAGAAAUUAACAAAGAAUCUACACUUAAAGUAGUGGAUACAAACACUGAAUGUCUGACUGCACUUGAAACACCAGAAUUCUCUUCUGUGGAUAUCUCCGAGACCUUGAGAAUGAGCAAUGAAAAUGAGGAAUCACCAGUUAGUAUGGAUCAAAGCACCGUGGCUUUUAACCAUGAAGAUGUGCAAGAGCUAAUGAAAGUGUUUAACACUGGCAAUCUGACAAAAUUCAAAAUUCCUUUAUGCAGAAACAAAUGUGAAUCCAGGAAACUGGAAUCUGUCCGUUCAUUUGAAAUAAAAGCCUGUAGUCCACUAGAGCUUCUUGACAGCACUAGUGUUUCAAAAAGGCAGAAAAUGUGUGAAGAGACUUCUCUGGUAAAUUCUGAGCAGCAGCCUCUUCCUGUUACGAGUGAUGCUAUGUCUACAGUUUCCACGGAGAAAAAAGUGCAUGAGAUCAACAGUAAGGACUUUCAGCAUGAUGACUCUGAAAACCUUUCAAAUGAGAUGUCUGCGCUCCCUGAAUGUUUUUCUUUUUAUCCACAUUCUUUUCUUGACAGGCAUGUAGAGUCAUCUGUGCCUGAUUUCCAUGGUACUGAAUGUGUACUGAAAUCUAAUUUUCCUGAUCGUUCUUGGAAUGCAGUUGACCACCCUGCUGCAUUAGAAAUAAGUGAUGGUAGCAAAUCAAGACGGAGUCUUUCACAACACAAAAGUAGAAAUUUUCCAGAUAUUAUUGAAGCAUACGAAGAAGAUGUUCUUGUCAUUGAUGUGAUUCAGGAUGACCCUGACCUUUUUGGAAUGAAUAAUGAAGAGGAGCUUGCACCUGCAGACUGUGAAAGUUGUCCUGAGAAGAUGUCCUGUAGUAGCAUCUGCAUUAAAGAUGAAAAGCAGGAUCAAAAGCAGGAUCUUAAGCCUGAGUAUCGUGUUAUCUCAGAAAACAGAGAUUCAGUAGAUGAUAAUUUUAGACACAUCAGACACAUUACCAUACAAGAAUCUGGAAUGUCAAAUGAUACUGAAAAUUCCUAUGAUUGGGUGCUAAAAGCUAAAGAUGCUAAAACGCACGACUCCUCCAGAGGAAGCAGUCCUUUGAGAGGUGUUACUGAGGACUUCCGUGACGAUGGGCAGCUAAGAGAACUAGAUGAGCUUUUAAAGAGUUUUGCCAGGGAUGAAAAGGCCUGUCGUUCAGUCCAGCAGAUCCUUGAGAUGAUUCAAUUGCCCCGUAAAUAUUGCAGACUUUAUUUCAUGACUUUGCGUGGGUGUGAAAGAGCGAAAUGUUGGUUUUGGCAUGUUCCUGAACAAGGGGAUGAAAAGAUUUGUAUGGCAAUACUUAGGACAUAUAUCAGUAUCAAAGAACCGGGCCUUCUAAAACGUGCAGCCCAAAUAUUUGUGAAAUAUUACAGAGAAGUUGCUCCUGGUGUGGAUUUUGCUUCUGAAGUGCUGAAUGAUCUUCUCAUUUCUUUGCUCAAGAACUGUUUCUUGUGGGAAGUAUUUGAGAUAUUGAAUGUAACUGUACGAAUCAAUACACUGCCAGCUGUAGAUGUUCUUCUGAAAGUUUUUGAGCAUGUGGCUUCUUUGAAUAUAAGAGACGCUGUGCCUACAUUAAUCAGUACCUUUUGUAAGCUCAUUGAUGCUGGUAUGUUCCUUAAGUUUGAACAUUUUGACUGUAUUAUUAAGUUCCUUCACCAACUGCAAGUUUCCAGUCAGGAAAUAAAUACUGUUUUGAACAUAAAAUCCAGAUUUCAGGAAAGAGCUUUUGAAAAGAACUGGCUUGUUGACUUCAACUUAGCAGUGGCUGAAAUUCAGCAUUGCAAGGAAAAAAGUGAUUGGACCAAGCUGGGAGCUUUGUAUGUUAAUGUGAGAACUGGAUGUGAACAUAUUGAUGAUCUUCAGAAAUUGUCUUUAUGUAUUGCUGAAAUACUAACCAGAGAUUCUGAGACAGGCAGACCAGGAGUUCCUUUUUGUGGUUUUGCUGAUGGAGUAAUAAAAGAUUCACAACAUAAUGAAGCAGACAGAACUUUCAUUGGAAGGAUUGGGAUAAGUGUGAUGUAUUCUUAUCACAAAGUACUGCAGUGGAUAAAGGGAAGGAAGGUUUUGGAUAAAUUGCAUGAGCUACAGAUACAUUUUACAGUUUUGAAAGGACUUGUAGGUGCAGAGAGGUUAGCAUCAAGAUGUCAAAUUGUUAAUAAAGCUGCAGAAAUUUUUCUUAAAACUGGAAGUUUGGAUGGAGCGAUAUGGGUAUUGAGAGAGUCAGAGUGGACCACAAAUGCACCAUUGUGGCCCUGUGAUAAAACAGACAUCAUCAAUCGACAUAAUCUGCUAUGUACACUAGUGCACAAAUACUUGAGGAAGAGUUUAUACAGGCAGGCGUUUGAAGUUCUGCAGAAUUUACCAGGUUUUCAAAAUCAUUCUGAUACUGUAGAUGUUUCUCAGUACAGCUGCCUUUUUAACAAGCUGAUUAAUGCCUGUUUUGAGAGCAAGAACCUUGGCAUCUCAUCUUCUGCAGUAGACUUCAUGCUUUCAAACAACCUAUCUAUUGAUUUUUUUUUACUUAGAGGAUUAAUCACAGCUUUGGGAAGAAGUUCUUUGUGGUCUAAAGCUAGGACCUAUUACAAAAGUGCUUUCUCACUGGGUUGCUACCCACCACUGCAGGGAAAUUUAUAUCACAAACAUUUGACAAUUCCAUCUUACCUGUCUGAGGUUGAGAUGCUGUUGGCCAUGGAAAUAUUUCUUGUUUCAAAUGCCAGUGAUAUUCAAAGUCUAACGGCUACUAGUCAGACUCUGCAGAUAAUACUGAAAAGAUGUGAAGAUCAGACAGUUCAGAAUAACAGUGACUAUCAAGCGGCAGUGAAGAGACUGAUCCUGGCUGCUCGUAUAUCUGAUCCAAAGCUUUUUCUUAAGCACAUGACAAUGAAUGUUAAUAUGGAAGAAGUUUACAGCUUGGAGCGUACAUCUGCUCUAAAAUGGCUUCAGGAGAAUAUGAAAUGGGCUGGGAAGGUAUGGCUGUUUGACUAG